CAUCAAAGCAGACUGAUAUACAGUCGCACAGAUCUGCUGAGUCGGUCAGACUGCUCUGGUGCGUCGAAAAAGAAUGAAAAGGUGAACGCCCCUGGUGGGACUUGAACCCACAAUCUUUGGCUCCGGAGGCCAACGCCUUAUCCAUUAGGCCACAGGAGCUGAGGCCAUAUUCUCUCUUUGUAAAUGGGCUAUUUGAAGUCAUGCGCCAUCCGUUCACGGGAGUCACCCCCUUCGUUUCGUGGAAGUGGACGCUUGAGUCCCUUCCGAAAUGAAAUAAACAUGCAUUUGGCCUCUUCCGAAGGAGUGAGGGGUGAAAGGUAUGGGGAAAGGGUUCGCACACAUCUGUGCGACAGUAGACCGAAGGCCAAGCCACCAUGUUGCAUGGGACCGUGGGUUGUAGCUGACCUCGACUGGACCCGUCUGCAUCUUAGUAGCCUUCUGUCGGGUGUGCUAAGCGAUAUUUCCCGAUUAUUUUUGACGUGGCCGUCUUUUUUUGCGUGUCGAGUCGAGAGGGGCUCCGUUAGGCCUGCAUAGCGAAGGCCUACGUGUCAUAUCUGAGGGUCGUUCCCGGACGAGGCGAUAAAGGCUCGUUAUCUAUGGGCUCCAUGGAGCAAGGCUCGGUUUCCUGUAACUUCCUCAGUGCCAAGAUGGCCAAGGUAAAGAGAGUCAUCGACGAUGCCAGGGAUACUCAGAACCCCGAACUGGACCUCGUCGAUAAGGGCAUCGCCAGCUUCGAGGAGAUGCCUGGACUGUUCGCCCUGGCAAACAUCACCAGGCUGUCUCUAUCCCACAAUAAAAUAGAGAGUCUUCCCCCUGCUAUCGCCAACUUGGAGCACUUGGAGAUCCUGAAUCUCUUCAAUAACCAUAUUGAGGACCUUCCAACUUCACUUUCAUCCAUGCCAAACUUGAGGAUCUUAAACUUGGGAAUGAACAGACUAAGUAAACUCCCAAGAGGAUUUGGUGCCUUUCCUGUACUCGAGGUGCUAGACCUCACAUACAACAAUCUGAAUGAACGAGCUCUUCCUGGGAAUUUCUUCAUGAUUGAGUCCUUGCGUGCUUUGUACCUUGGCGACAAUGACUUUGAAUUUAUCCCACCAGAAGUUGGAAUGCUGAAGAAUCUCCAGAUUUUGGUGCUUCGCGACAACGACAUUAUACUUCUCCCAAAGGAGAUUGGAGACCUGCAACGCUUGAGAGAACUUCAUAUUCAAGGAAAUCGGCUCUUGGUCCUUCCUCCCGAAAUAGGGACUCUGGACCUGGUGGGGUCAAAGAGUGUUCUUCGAAUGGAGAAUAAUCCCUGGGUCACUCCCAUAGCUGACCAGCUUCAAGUUGGCGUCUCCCACGUCAUUGAAUACAUCCGCUCAGAGACCUACAAAUACUUGUACAGUCGCCAGAUGGCAGCAGGAGUGCCACCACCUCCACCCAUCAGUGACAAGAGCAAGAAGAUUUCACGCAAGAAGGAAAAUUGACCUCCAUACCCAGUCAAAACUCGUCGAUCAAUUCAGGGAUCACACUGUGCCAUCCACGAGAUGAAGCAUGAUUCUUGUGAAACUAAUCUCAUGGGAGUGUUACCUUUAACCACCCACUGCAGCUAAUUCUCGUGUGAAAGGUUGCUCUGUCUGCAGGCCCCCUGUCUUUGACUUUGUUGAUUUUAGUUUAAUUUUACAUGCCUCAUUUGAAAUUGGCAUUCAAGAAUGAUGAUCUGCUCAGCCUGUUGAGUGAAUUUCAAUUUAUUAGUCAGAAUUAUCCAAUUUUUUUAUCAUUCAAUUAAUGCCCACAGUAAAUUUUUGGCAAAAUUGAGUCAAAGAUAAUUGGCUGAUUCUCCAAAGGGUGUGCCUGCUUCUUCAGAAUAAGCCUUUAUGUAUGAAGUACUAUUGAUGUGUGAACAGUAAGAUGACCAAAGACUGACAAAAAUUUAUGUUUUUAUAUAAUAUUUAUCAUUUCAGCCUUGUGUCAUUAGUGCAUGACAAUUGUCAGCAGGAAAGUUUUGAAUGAAUUUUUUCAAAUCUCUUCCUCUCACGUUUUUCUGGUGUCAUCUUGGUAUUGACUAACAUCCCAUUGCCAGUCUAAAUAUGUCCCAAAUAUGCCCUGUGUUUUGAAACUGAAAAAAAUGUAUUCUUAUAUUCUACUGCCUGGUGCUCCCUCCUCUAUCACACUGAGAGGUGCUACUACUAGUUUUCGCUUGAAUAAAUGUUUGUCACUUUUUUUCUUA